AUGGGGCAAGAGCACACGACGCGCCCAUCCAAUCGUGAAGCGGCCGUCCGUCUCUCUCGGCACUUUGUGCAAAGGGCAACUCGUCCAUGGAUACAACCGAGCACCCGUUCGUCUGAGCCGUCUCAAAACAAAUGUAAAAAAGUUGCAACCUUUCAAUCAACGAUGGAACAAGAUGCACACGAUGAAGUGAAGUAUCGCCAGAUAUUGUGGCUUGGAAUUAAAAGAAGAUGGAUCUCCAAACAAUCUUCUCCUGGCUAUCAAUCUAGGCUCCAUGCGGCAGACAGGACGCCAUUGAACGGCGCCUGCUGUUGA